AUGUCAUCAGAUAAUGACCUCAAUGAUGGUCCUACUAUGCGUCUUUAUAUAAAAAAACGCAAUGGGAAGCACUUAGCAGUAAUAGACAUUCCAAAACAAGCCACUGUAUCUGAUUUGAAGUGGCAAUUUUAUAAUGACUUUCACUAUUAUCCUGAAAGGCAGUGGUUUAAUAUAGAUAGUCCUCAUGGUGAAGUUCUGAAGGAAGGUCUACUUUCUUUAUAUGGAGUAGAUAAUGGUACGUCUUUAUAUUUUAAGGACUUGGGCGUUCAAAUAUCAUGGAGGCUUGUUUUUUUUAUUGAAUACUUGGGACCAAUUAUUAUAUUUCCUUUCUUUUACUUCUUUCCUUCCUUGAUAUAUAACGAAUUAGCUCCAAAAAAGUGUCUAGCUCAAAAAUUAGCUCUAGCGUUAACACUAUUUCACUAUAUUAAAAGAGAAAUAGAGACAUGUUUUAUUCAUAGGUUUUCAAUUGCUACUAUGCCAAUUAUCAGACUACCUAUUAAUUGCUUCCAUUAUUGGAUAUUAUUUGGUAUAGGUGUUGGAUACUUUGUCUACCACCCUCGUUAUAUAGCACCUCAAUACCCACCUAUUGUAUUUUAUAUUUUGACAGCUUUAAUGUGUAUCUUUGAAUUUCUUAAUUUUAAUUCGCACUUGGUUCUAAGAAAACUUAGGGACCGUGGGACAAAGAAACGUGGUACUCCUCAUGGCUGGGGAUUUAAUUAUAUUUCAUGUGCAAACUACUUCUGGGAAACUUUGGCAUGGGUAUCUUUUUGUUUUAUUGUAAAUUGUGCAACUUGUUGGUUUUAUACAAUGGUCGCAUUUGGACAAAUGACACAAUGGGCUUUAAAGAAACAUAGGAAUUAUCAACGUGAAUUCCCAGAUUAUCCAAAAACUCGGAAGGCUAUUAUUCCAUUCAUUUUAUAA